AUGGUGCUAGAUGGUGUACCGGCAAAAAUCAUCGCCAUGACCAAGGCCUAUUAUCGCUCCACUACUGCAAGAGUCCUGGUCCGCAACAAUCUUUCCCAACCGUUCGGUAUUCGGUCUGGCGUCCGACAGGGUUGUAGCCUGUCACCCAUACUGUUCAACUACGCUAUUGACUGGAUCCUCGGGAGGGCCCUAAAAGAGGGUGACGGUGUUGAAUUUGCACCCGGCCAUCGACUGACUGAUCUCGACUAUGCCGAUGAUAUCGCCUUACUUGCUUCAAGUUUUGGUGAUCUGCAGUCUAUGGUGUCACGAGUGAACGAGGUCGCUAAAUCAGUCGGUUUCUCCAUAAACGCUGGGAAGACCAAAGUGUUCUCAAGCUGCAUCCCUGACCAUGAGAAGGCACCCCUCGGGAUUGAUGGCUGUCAACUUGAAGAAGUAGACAGUUUUAAAUACCUUGGGGCGAGGCUGCUGCCUAAUGGACAGAGUAAGGAGGACAUUGCCUCCCGAAUUGAUGCUGCCCGCUGGGUCUUCUCAAGCCUUCGGAAAUGCCUGUGGAACCGACGUGACCUCUUCAUCGCUACUAAGACUGGCGUGUACCGGGCAUCUAUCCGGUCUGUCCUUCUCUACGGUUAUGAAUGCUGGGCUUUGCGCGUGGAGGACGAGCGAAAACUGGAGGUAUUUGACCACCACUGCUUGAGGACCAUCCUCCGAGUGAAGUCCACCGACUUCGUCCCGAAUGAGAGAGACCGCGCUCGCUGCGAUAACAUCGCAAGUAUAACUGAGGCCAUCCAAGAAAGGUGA